UUCAGAAAUACACCAGUAGUUCGUUGGAGAUCACUGAAAACAUGUUAAAGUUUGUGAUUUUAUUGUCAUCUGUCGCUUGCUGCUUGGGUGCGGCUGUGCCUGAGGGUAUGCUGCCUCAAUUGGAUGGUCGCAUAGUGGGGGGAGUUGCUACUUCCAUCUCCUCUUUCCCCUGGCAAAUCUCUCUUCAACGUUCAGGUUCUCACUCUUGCGGUGGCUCCAUCUAUAAUAAUCACAUCAUUGUGACCGCUGCUCACUGUUUGCAAUCUGUCAGUCCAACUAUUUUGAAAGUACGUGCUGGCUCUUCUUUCUGGAAUUCUGGUGGUGUAUUGGUUAAUGUUGCUGCUUUUAAGAAUCAUGAAGGUUACAAUCCCAGCACUAAAAUCAAUGACAUAGCCGUCAUACGUUUGAGCUCCCCGUUGACCUUGUCUUCUACCAUUAAGCCCAUUGCUUUAACUACAAAAGCUCCUGCUAAUGGUGCUGCUGCUUCGGUGUCGGGCUGGGGUACUACUGCCUCUGGUUCUGCCUCUUUACCCACUCAAUUGCGUUACAUUGAUGUCAAAAUUGUCAGCCGUACUCAGUGUGCUUCUUCCAAUUAUAGUUAUGGUUCCAUGAUCAAGUCUAGCAUGAUUUGUGCUUACACUGUUGGUAAGGAUUCUUGUCAAGGUGAUUCGGGUGGUCCCUUGGUUUCUGGUGGUCAGUUGGUUGGUGUUGUUUCCUGGGGUUAUGGCUGUGCUUUCCCUAACUAUCCUGGUGUUUAUGCUGAUGUUGCUGCUUUACACUCUUGGGUGGUCAGUGCGUCUACAACUGUUUUAGUCGUUUUGUUAAGCGCUGUUGCCUGUGUUUUGGGUGCUGCUGUGCCUGAGGGUAUGCUCCCCCAAUUGGAUGGACGCAUUGUGGGCGGUGCUGCUACCACCAUUUCGUCCUUCCCCUGGCAAAUUUCUCUCCAACGUUCAGGUUCUCACUCUUGUGGUGGCUCCAUCUACAGCUCCAAGAUCAUUGUUACUGCUGCCCAUUGCUUGCAAUCCGUAUCUGCCUCUAUCUUGAAAGUACGUGCUGGCUCUUCCUACUGGAAUUCCGGUGGUGUUUUGGUCAGUGUUGCUGCUUUCAAGAAUCAUGAAGGUUACAACUCUAGGACCAUGGUUAACGAUAUUGCCGUCAUCCGUUUGAGCUCUUCCUUGACUACAUCCUCCACCAUUAAGACUAUCGGUUUGGCUUCCUCAGCUCCCGCUAACGGUGCUGCUGCUACCGUGUCUGGUUGGGGUACUACCUCUUCGGGUGGUAGCAUUCCUACUCAAUUGAGAUACGUUGACGUUAAGAUUGUUGGCCGCACUCAAUGUGCUUCUUCCACCUAUGGUUAUGGCUCUGAAAUCAAGGCUAGCAUGAUUUGUGCCUACACUGUCGGCAAGGACUCUUGCCAAGGUGAUUCUGGUGGCCCAUUGGUCUCCGGUGGUGUCUUGGCUGGUGUUGUCUCCUGGGGCUAUGGUUGCGCCGCUGUCAACUACCCUGGUGUCUAUGCUGAUGUUGCUGCUCUCCGUUCCUGGGUUAUCAGUGCUGCUAACUCCUUGGUUAAUACACUAAUCAACAUGUUGAAGUUUGUCGUUUUAUUGUGCGCUAUUUCCUGUGCUUUGGGCGCUGCCGUACCUGAGGGUAUGGUACCCCAAUUGGAUGGUCGUAUUGUCGGCGGUGUUGCUACCACCAUCAGCAACUUCCCCUGGCAAAUUUCCCUCCAACGUUCUGGUUCUCACUCCUGCGGUGGUUCCGUCUACAACUCCAAGAUCAUUGUUACUGCUGCCCAUUGCUUGCAAUCUGUCUCUACCUCUGUCUUGAAAGUGCGUGCUGGUUCUUCCUACUGGAACUCUGGUGGUGUUGUUGUCUCUGUUGCUGCUUUCAAGAACCACGAAGGUUACAACCCCAAGACCAUGGUUAACGAUAUUGCUGUCAUCCGUUUGAGCUCCUCCUUGACCAUGUCCUCCACCAUUAAGGCUAUUGCUUUGGCUACCGCUGCUCCCGCUAACGGUGCUGCUGCUACUGUUUCUGGUUGGGGUACCACCUCUUCCGGUGGUAGCAUUCCCGCUCAAUUGCGUUAUGUUAAUCUUAAGAUUGUUGGUCGUACUCAAUGUGCUUCCUCCACUUACGGUUAUGGCUCUCAAAUCAAAUCCAGCAUGAUCUGUGCCUACACUGUCGGCAAGGAUUCAUGCCAAGGUGACUCUGGUGGCCCAUUGGUAUCUGGUGGUCGUUUGGUUGGUGUUGUCUCCUGGGGCUAUGGUUGCGCCGCUGCCAACUACCCUGGUGUCUAUGCUGAUGUUGCUGCUCUCCGCACCUGGGUUGUCAGUGCUGCUAACUCUGUUUUAGUUGUAUUGUUGUGUGCUGUUGCCUGUGCUUUGGGUGCUGCCGUGCCUGAGGGUAUGUUGCCUCAAUUGGAUGGUCGCAUUGUUGGCGGUGCUGCUACCACCAUCUCGUCCUUCCCCUGGCAAAUUUCCCUCCAACGUUCAGGUUCUCACUCUUGCGGUGGCUCCAUCUACAGCUCCAAGAUCAUUGUUACUGCUGCCCAUUGCUUGCAAUCCGUGUCUGCCUCUGUCUUGAAAGUACGUGCUGGCUCUUCCUACUGGAAUUCCGGUGGUGUUUUGGUCAGUGUUGCUGCUUUCAAGAGUCAUGAAGGUUACAACUCUAGGACCAUGGUUAACGAUAUUGCUGUCAUCCGUUUGAGCUCUUCCUUGACUACAUCCUCCACCAUUAAGACUAUAGGUUUGGCUUCCUCAGCUCCCGCUAACGGUGCUGCUGCUACCGUGUCUGGUUGGGGUACUACCUCUUCGGGUGGUAGCAUUCCUACUCAAUUGAGAUACGUUGACGUUAAGAUUGUUGGCCGCACUCAAUGCGCUUCUUCUGCCUAUGGUUAUGGCUCUGAAAUCAAGGCUAGCAUGAUCUGUGCCUACACUGUCGGCAAGGACUCUUGCCAAGGUGACUCUGGUGGCCCAUUGGUCUCCGGUGGUGUCUUGGCUGGUGUUGUCUCCUGGGGCUAUGGUUGCGCCGCUGUCAACUACCCUGGUGUCUAUGCUGAUGUUGCUGCUCUCCGUUCCUGGUUGGUUAAUACACUAAUCAACAUGUUGAAGUUUGUCGUUUUAUUGUGCGCUAUUUCCUGUGCUUUGGGCGCUGCCGUACCUGAGGGUAUGGUACCCCAAUUGGAUGGUCGUAUUGUCGGCGGUGUUGCUACCACCAUCAGCAACUUCCCCUGGCAAAUUUCCCUCCAACGUUCUGGUUCUCACUCCUGCGGUGGUUCCGUCUACAACUCCAAGAUCAUUGUUACUGCUGCCCAUUGCUUGCAAUCCGUCUCUACCUCUGUCUUGAAGGUACGUGCUGGUUCUUCCUACUGGAACUCUGGUGGUGUUGUUGUCUCUGUUGCUGCUUUCAAGAACCACGAAGGUUACAACCCCAAGACCAUGGUUAACGAUAUUGCUGUCAUCCGUUUGAGCUCUUCCUUGACCAUGUCCUCCACCAUUAAGGCUAUUGCUUUGACUACCGCUGCUCCCGCUAACGGUGCUGCUGCUACUGUUUCUGGUUGGGGUACCACCUCUUCCGGUGGUAGCAUUCCCGCUCAAUUGCGCUAUGUUGAUCUUAAGAUUGUUGGCCGUACUCAAUGCGCUUCCUCCACUUACGGCUAUGGCUCUCAAAUCAAGGCUAGCAUGAUCUGCGCUUACACUGUCGGUAAGGACUCUUGCCAAGGUGAUUCUGGCGGCCCAUUGGUAUCUGGUGGCCGUUUGGUUGGUGUUGUCUCUUGGGGCUACGGUUGCGCCUACGCUAACUACCCUGGUGUCUAUGCUGAUGUUGCUGCUCUCCGCACCUGGGUUGUCAGUGCUGCCAGCUCUGUUUAAAGUUUUUAAUAAAUAAAAUACAUACUAAUUUCAUUAAACGAUUAAAAAAA